UGAUGAUCGUCUCAGUAAUUCUACUGCUGGGAGCUUCUGUUUCGGGAAACAGGGAGCUGCACGGAUUACUGGAUUCGUCUUCCAGUCCAACGUCAUUCCCUGUGGACAAAGAGGGAUUCUCGGCUCGUUUCAAGAGCUCUCGGAAACUGCUCUACAGAACGCAAUAUGGAGUUUGCCACCGUGAUUCGUCUCGGCCAAGCUGCGAGCCGUUUUUCAAUGUCACCUGCGAGAAAGGAGGCAGCUUGGGCUGCUGGUCGUGCGAGAUGAUCCAGAUGUGUACUCCAGAGGCAGUCGGCUGCUAUUUCCACUCCAUGGACAACAUCACUUACUGUGGCUUUUGAGAGCAAACAAACAGUACGUAGCAUUUCUUUUGACCUCUCAACUUCGUCUGUUAGCUCAGAUCUUUCUCAGCCCUAUAGGAUUAUUGUUUACAGUGGCUGAAAGUUCUCUUCUUUCCAUUGUAAUAGUUCGAGCAAGAAAGGCACGAAGGUCCUUGAAGUUAA